UCCCUCACAGGCGAGGUUCUCUGCCUGUCCCGGAUCGCCGUGUACCGCGCCGUCACACACCGGGGAGACCGGCAGGGCUAGCCAAAGGGAGUAUCGUCCGCCAUUCACAUAUCGUGAGUUGAAUAAUUAUGUACAAAACGGUGCGGAAAGGCGACACCAGUCUGCAGUAUACGAUACUGCCGCAGACGGAUCAGCUCGCGUCCGGCGGAUGUCCGCAGAAUUCCGGCAAGACCCGGCCGAGGAAUAUCAAGUACACGAUGGGCACGAUCAUGAUACUGAUCGUCGUGUCCAUUCUGGGCGCGCCGGUGAUGGUGAAUCAGGUCAAGUACGAUCACAUGGUCCACAAGAUGAUGACGAUGAGGCAGGUCGAGCUGAUCGUCAACGACACGUACGCGAGGAGCCAGACGAAGGACGCCGCUGUAGGGAGCAAGAACAGAAGUAGAAUCGCCACCACGACCACAAUGUCGACGGCCGAGGUCACCAGAACGAAGGACCUCGAGGACGGCACCAUCUCAACCCUCAGCGGUAUCCUUCGGGAAGAGGAGGAGGAGGACGAGGCGGUGGUGGUUGACGACGCCACGUUAACAGACACAACGGAAAUUACUACGCCACAAACAACCGCGAACAUGGAAACGUCGACGAGCGCGCGUCAAACAUCAACUUCACCCUCCGCAAUUCUACCGACCAUCCUUACGGCGUCCUCGACCACGUCGAGGGUGUCGACGAGCGGCACGACGGAGGACACGUCCACGUUUUUGUCGAAGGUGACAAAAACACCGCGAAAGAAACCGAAAAUGCCGAGGGUUACACUGAAAUUGCGGGAGAACGAGACCAUACCGCACAUGUACAUGAAGGCGGGCAUCGCGUCCUACAAAAAGGGCAAUAUCACCACCAGCGUGCUCGCGUCAGAUCUCAGCCUCGAGGGCCUGAUAUUCAAAACGCCCGAGGGCACGAUAAGGCCCUGGUCUCAGAAGUGGUUCUUCACCGAUCCCGCGGCCAACUUCCAGUGGAAGAAUCAGACCCAGACUCCGCUCCUAAUCCUCUACAUCUUCGUCGCGGGGAUGUCGGUGCUGCUGAUCGUCAGCUUCCUCCUGACGUUCUACGUGCAGCGGAAACUGUCGAGACGUCAGAGGUCGAACAUCGAGGAGCCGGAAGUUGAGGAGCACGAGGAUGACAAAUCCACCCUGUCGACCCUGCUGGGCUCGGAGAAUCAAGAGACCGAGCUGAAGGAGUAAUUACCUCUUCUCGCGCUCUCUCGCCGACGCACCCGUAUUAACAAUAGCGUAAGACUCGCCUAUUUUUACAACACACACGUCAAGUUAGGUUUAGGGUCUUCCACGUCGAAAAGGAAAACACGAGGUGCGGAAAGAGGUUUAUGUCUUUUUUUUUUUGGUUCGCGACGCGAAGAGGACAAAGGAGAGUUGCACGAGAUUUAUUUUCCUCGCGCAGUUGCAAGCCGUUUUGUCUUCGCGAGUUUCCGACGGGGCGGGGACUUUUUUUUUUCCCGCGCGAGAAACGAAGACGAUCGUACAAUCAUUCCUAUAUUUAAACCGUUGCGUUUUCAUUCACGGACACGUACACGUUUUUUACACGUUUGUUAACGAAUUAGCGGACGGACCAGUUAAGUUCGCUGCAACUGCGAUUGACAUUUACAUACACACGCAGAGCUCGAUUACGAGACGAUGAUUAUAAAGCGUCUCCGCGACGGUCGAGCCAACGACGGCAAGCGAAAGAAAGCGCAAAAAAGUUCUGUUGUUUAUUGUAUAAGUUUAUAUACGAAACCGAGACACGGCGGGAACAACCGCCACGACUAACUAUAACGUAUGUCCAUCCAGUGGAAAAAUACGUACCUCGGUGACAAGUUAAGGAGACCGGAACGAGAUUUGUGGAAAUUCUUACGGGAUAUAAACACGCGGGAAAACAACGGGAGAAUAACAACAUAUAUCUCGCGCCCUCCUCGGACGCGUUUCGCGACAUUUCUUUUUUUUUUUUUCUUUUCGAACAGAUUUCCGCGCGAAAGUCGAUCCCGACCUAGAGAGAGAGAGAGAAGCGAGUCUCCUUAAUUUGGUCAUCUUUGUAUUUACUAAACUUUCUAUUAAUAAUAACGCGAUAUACGUACGUAUAUGAUUGUAAGGUAUUAUGUAUACGUGUGUUAUCGAUUUUUCUAGCAAAUUUGUCGAACGAAAAAAAAACCAAAAAACGAGCGAAAAAACGUGCUUUCUGACUCUUUGAAAAAAAAAAAAAAAAAAUCUAUUUGCCGGUCCAAACUCUAUCUGCGUACAAAAGUAGCCAAGCGUAUCUGCGUACUGCCACGCUACAAUGAGAGGGCCAGCUUUUUCAACCCUCCAUCUCCUCCUGUUUAAUUAAAAGUGAUGUUUGACGAACGCGCCGCGCUAUCAGAUAUCUAAUUCAAUCGAUAUUUCGCGCGCCAUUCACUUCUCUCGGCGCGAUAUUUUAUAUUUCAUAUUCCGCGCGCGCGCGCGCGGAAAACGAUGGCUCGGUGCCGUUUCAUAUUUCGCAAAAUAUAUCUACCCUCAACAGAUUGACGAUAUCGCAUCAGAAAAUGCGUGUAUGACUCAUAUUCAAUUAAUCUCCAAACUCCAUUCGCGCGCGAAGUUUAAUUACAUACGUAGCUUCCAUUCGAGGGCGCGCGCUAUUUCUCUGCAGGUGCGCGCAUAACGCGCGAUAUUACACUACCUACUGUGAAAUCGCAUGCAGAAUCACAACACUGGAAUUGUUUUAUUUAACCGACAUCCGAGCGAGUCUGAGAGCUUCUAGUUUGCCAAAACUAGAAUUGACUGUUGAAAUUGUUGUUGCACGAUGUAUUUAUUAACGUAUUGUAUUGCGGGGAAACCGUGCGUAUCGACACAAUCCUCGCGAAAUAAUCGGUUUGUUUUUUUUUUUUUUUGAUUUAUUUGCAAAUUUAUCGAGUUGCUGUGUCGAGCGAUCUGUGUGCAAAAAGCAGAUGCUCGAUUAUACGAGUUUUUUUUACAGGUCGGGGUUAUGUUUACGUUGAAAUAACGGGCGUUUUUAAAACAAUUGUUUUUUAAUUGCCACCAACGUGAUGAUAAAACGUUGCGAUCGGUCGUAUUUGCUUCGAUAUCUUGCAACAACAGAUACGUAAAAAAAACGUCUGUUAUUAUUUUAACAUGACUCCCCGGUCUUAAUCGAGGAGACGCGAGAUCGACUCCAAAGGUCGUAGGAUCGCCCGCUUUCGUCUCACUCGAAGCGCGCACGAAAUAAAGUUGCGACGAUAAACAACAUCAUUCGCGUGUCGGAAUUUAGUUUUAUAUGUAUUUACAUGUAUAUAUAUAUAUGUACACAAUAUUUGUUACGUAACGGCGAUAACAAGUUGACCCAAGUUAGCGAGUUGUUUGUCGUUCGCAAGAAAAUCCGUUUCAUUUGGAAGAUAAAGUUCCGUUUCUCGCGCAAAACGACGAUUUUGCUCUUUUCCCCGUGACAUUUCGCGCUGUUCUGCAAUAUAAAUAUUUUGCGAUCCCAUUGUUCCGAGCGACGAAGUCGCAACGUUCCGUGUAAAUAACUCCGCUUGUUAUAACGUGCUCGAGAAAUUACGAAUAAUAAAAACGAUAAUAAUAAUAAUAAAUUACGCGAGGAAGAAAAAACACAACUGUCACUUCUCGAUUAAAAUAAUAAAAUCUACAACAUCCUUCCCUCCUGCGACGAAUUGUAAAAAAAAAUUCAGUUCGACACAAAUGCGAAAACUCCGCACGUAUUCUAUAAUAUUUAUAACAUUAUUCCGCAUAUGUAUAAUGCACAGAACACGUGAUCGCUUCAAUUAUGAAAAACACAUUUCGCUUCGUUUUUGUCGUUUAAAAUUACAAGAGCGCGAGCUCUGAACGAUGAAAAUUUAUUAUUAGCGAAAAUUGGGGCACAGUCUCGAACACAAUCGCAAUUGAUAAAUGUUGUUACACUCCCUCCUCAACAUCGCGACUAGAUGAUCUUAUAGUUUAAGCGCCUCUCACCUCUCAAAGUCACUUGACACCGCGCGCGCAACACAGUUUUGCACGUCGUAAAAUGUCUAUCUAAAUGUUGACGAUUCGAAUGCUGCUCAUACCGCUCGCAAAUCUAUCGUGCGGACAACGCAAGUGCAAUAAACGACAUUUUAUCACGAUUGUCACGCUCGCUUACGUUGCAUCCGUACGUUUUAUACAUUUAAUCAAUGUACGGUGUCUAUACUGCGCGAACGCGCGGCCGUAAAAAUUCAUCACAACACUUCGGAAGAGGCUCGGUAGUAGUUAGUAGAAGCGGAUAUGAAGCGCCACUUCACACCGAGAACACACGAGAGAAAGAGAGAGAGAGAGGAUCAUCAUCUCGCGAAAGAAAAACCAAACACUUUUUCCUUGUAAUCAUUUUUCACGUUGUAUUUACUUGAAUACGUGAUAGGUCAGGUUUUUGGGAAGAAGUCUGUUUUGAGCGAAUUUACGAGAAAAACACAAAAAGAGCUCAAUCGCGAUAUAUAAUUUUUUCUCGCCGUUUCUCGCGAAAAUCGCGCGAGACAACAACAAGCGAAAGUGUGAUAAAAAAAAUGAAAAGGUUCUCGAGAUAGUCGCGUGUGCGUGUGCUGCGUUGCGUUUGACAAAAUUGAUCGCGCGAUUUUCAAGAGACGGAUAAUAAAUAUUCCGCGCCGAUAAAAACACAAGCACAGACAGUAUAGGAGCGUAUAUACAAAAAAAAAAAAAAAAACAAAAAGAUGUUCGAUGUGUUUUCGAAAGAAAUAAAGGAACUCACGUAAAAAAAAAAAAAAAAAAA